ACAAGGGAGCAUGCAACCACGGCAGGGACUAUGGAGAAGAAACCCGGCAGCACCGGCACGGCCACAGCUCACCUCCUCCAUCGAGGUAGGAGCCACCGCUGUUAUUACCAUCACAUCCAAAGUUUCGGUGUGGAAGCCCAGACAUCAUGUGAUGGGCUUCCAAUGGCUAUCUCAUCCGACCGGGACACGGAGCAUACUAUCCGUUUGGUACACACAUCGAUUGUCAUUCAUUACACAGCGUGCAACCAUCGAUGGUCACUUGCCGUACCACCACCAUCGAUUGUAACAACACACCGAUACCCAUUCUUACCGCAAACGUAGCAGAUGAAAUAAACUGAGAAGCAAAACACCAACUAACCCCUAGAUGGCGAUAAAGGCGACCACAUAUUAAUCAACCUGGAUCCGCCACUACACUCGGCUGUAACUAUAGAAACAACACACCCAACGCUGAAACGGAUUCUGAACAGUACAGCGCUCCUUCGUCAGCUGCGGUCAUUGGUCAGGUACCACCGAUGCCCCACCCGCUUUUACUACCAAUAUGAGUUCUGGCUAGUUGUUUGCUAGUCUUUUGGUGACGUCAUUCCGUAGCUACCAAUAGACGCGAAGCUAAUCGCGGAGCCACGCCCGCCGACCUCUGUCACGAGAGUUCCAGGAAGUGUCCGGCUCCUUGUUACCGCUGCCGCCGAGGAGUCUCCGGUGUCAUGGCUGCCAGUCAGCAAUGGGUGCUGGUGGAGAUGGUGCAGGCGUUCUAUGAGGCACCUGCUUACCACUUGAUACUGGAAGGAUUUCUUAUCCUGUGGAUUAUUCGACUCCUAUUCUCCAAGACCUACAAACUACAGGAACGAUCUGACCUCACUGAAAAGGAGAAGGAAGAAUUGAUUGAUGAGUGGCACCCGGAGCCGCUUGUCCCACCUAUCUCUAAAGAUCACCCAGCACUCAAUUAUAACAUUGUUACCGGCCCACCAAAUCACAAGAUUGUUGUCAAUGGAAAAGAAUGCAUCAACUUUGCCUCUUUCAAUUUUCUUGGCCUACUUGAUAAUGAUAGAGUUAAGAGUGCAGCAUUGGCAUCGCUUAGGAAGUAUGGUGUUGGGACAUGUGGUCCGAGAGGGUUUUACGGUACAUUUGAUGUGCAUUUGGAAUUAGAAGAAAGAUUAGCCAAAUUUAUGAAAACAGAAGAAGCUAUUUUGUAUUCCUAUGGUUUUGCAACCAUUGCUAGUGCUAUACCAGCUUACUCAAAGAGAGGAGACAUUGUAUUUGUGGAUGAAGCUGCAUGCUUCGCCAUUCAGAAAGGGUUGCAGGCUUCCCGAAGCAGCAUCAAGUACUUUAAACACAAUGAUAUGAAUGACUUGGAGCAACUGUUGAAAGAACAGGAACUUGAAGACCAAAAGAAUCCACGUAAAGCCAGAGUGACUAGGCGAUUUAUCGUUGCUGAAGGGCUGUACAUGAACACUGGUGAUAUCUGCCCUCUACCUCAACUGGUUGAGUUAAAAUACAAAUACAAAGUAAGAAUAUUCCUUGAAGAAAGCCUCUCGUUUGGUGUUUUAGGGGAACAUGGACGUGGAGUCACUGAACAUUUUGGAAUUAGUAUUGACGACAUUGACUUGAUAAGUGCAAAUAUGGAGAAUGCACUAGCUUCAAUUGGGGGUUUUUGCUGCGGCCGAUCAUUUGUUAUUGAUCACCAGAGGCUAUCUGGUCAAGGCUACUGUUUCUCUGCUUCUCUGCCACCUUUGCUGGCUUCUGCUGCCAUCGAAGGUCUUAACAUUAUGGAAGAAAAUUCAGAAAUUUUCCACAUUCUGAGAGGAAAGUGCAAAAGAAUGCACAAAGCUUUGCAGGGUGUUAAAGGUUUAAAAGUUGUUGGCGAGAGUUUCUCACCAGCAUUACAUCUGCAAUUAGACAAAAGCACCGGGAGCAGGGAAAAAGAUAUGAGGCUACUACAAGAUAUCGUAGAUCAUUGCAUGAAUAGGAAAAUUGCAUUAACUCAAGCUCGUUAUUUGGAAAAAGAGGAGAAGAAUCUCCCACCACCAAGCAUUAGAGUGAUAUUGACUGUAGAGCAAACGGAUGAAGAAUUGGAUACAGCUGCCUCGGUGAUCAAGCAAGCAGCAUCUUUAAUGCAGAAUUAAUUUUUUUCUUUUUUGAAGACCAUGCAUUUCUCAAAUUGGUGGCAUCCUAAUGGUUGUAAACUCUUGUACAUUGUGAGGAAUUCAUACAGAGGAUAUCGCUUAUCUAAUAUUCAAGGAGCGUAUAUUACAGGAUCAGAGAAGAAAAGAUUCAGCUGAGCCGAAAGAAUAUAGUUGAAAACCAAAUAAUUUCAUGACUUAUUGUCAUGUGCCUUUUCUAGUAUUAUUACGCUGUGAUUUUUCUACUUACCUUGUUUACAUGCAAAUAAAAACUAAGUUAUUCCCUCACUUAUGUCUAGAAGCGCAUAAAAUAUCUAUGAAUUUGGUUUCAAACUGGAGCAAAAAUACUAUGUAUAAUGAAAUGUCAUGUUUCUUAUUUCUUUGUUAAUACAAUCUAUGUAUUUUUGAGAAUUGUAGUAGGUGUGUGCAUAUUGUAGUGGGGUGUGUGUGUGUGUGUGUGUGUACAUAUAUAUAACACACACACACACACACACACACACACACACACACACACACACACACACACACACACACAUUAUUUCACCAAAAGUGUAUGUAGACACCUGAAUAUCACAGCUGUAUGUUCCUGUUCAAUCACAUUCCAAACCCAUAGGCACUAACAUGGAGUUAAUCCCCUAUUUGCUGCUAUCAUUGCUUCCACUCUUCUGGGAAUGCUUUCCACUAGAUUUAGAUAUGUUGUAUUGGGGAUUCACAUCCAUGCACCCACAAGAGCAGUAGUGCGGUUCAGCUCUGAUAUAUAAGUGGUAAGGUCUGACUUGCAGUCUGUUCAAUUCAACCCAAAAGUGUUCACUGGGGCUGAAGUCGGGGCUCUGUGCAGGCCAGUCCACGCCAAACUCUGCAAUUUAUUUUCUGCUUUAUCUCACUUUGUGCAUUUUGUCAUGCUGAAAACAUUAAAGGGCCUUGCGUAGAAUAAUGCCACGAAGUUGGAUGCACACAGUCCUGUAGAAAAGUCACUGCAUGCUAUAGCAUUUCCCUUCACAGCCCAAACCAUGAAAAACUUCCCCUGACCAUUACUUCUCCUUCUGCAUAAGUUACAGUCGGCAGCACGCUUUCAGGCAGGAAUUGUUCUACUGGCCACCAAACCCAGAUGUGCCCAUCAGCGUUCCAAAUAGUGAAAUCUGAUUGGAAACCCCAGAUGCUGCACUUCCACUGAUCUAGCGUCCAGUGGCGGUGUGCUUUACACCAUCUCCAGCCAAUGACAUUGUAAAGGUGACAUCCUAUGACAGUGCCACUGAUCUUUUCAGUAUGAUUCAUUCUACUGCUAAUGUUUAAAUAUGGAGAUUGCAUGGUUGUAUGCUUGAUUUUUUAUUUUUUUUAUUUUUUGCUAAAAUGGUGAAACACGCUAAUUAGAAAAGAUGCUCACAUAUGUAUGGCCAUGUAGUCUGUGUUUUCCAACUCCAGUCUUCAGGGAACCAUAACAGUGUGUUUUCCAUAUCGCCUUGCUGGUGCACAGUUGUAGUCAUUAAGCUGACUACACACUGUACAGGUCAGAUAAACGCUUGUAUCCUCGAUUAUCUGAUCACUGUGCACCUCGUACACACAGCAAUGUUUUAGCUCAUUAUGUACAGUCUUCAAGUAAAUCAGGAGUUUGUGAAUCUCAUAAGAUGCAACCUCCCAAUCUGACCAUUGCAGGAGCACUUGAAGCCCUGCAUACACACCCCUAUGCAAGAUUUACAGGUGGUAAUAAUGAUUUCACUUGUGAUUCCUAGAGGAGAUCUGGAAAACAUGCACUGUCAGAAUUCCCUGAUAGCAGCUGGGAAACCCUGAUGUAUAAUGUAUAUUUAAUGUUGGCUCCUUACAAUAAUUUCACAUCCUCUUUAACAAAAAAAACAACUAUUUUUUUAUGAGCCAAACUAUCACUAUUUUAUAUUUGCUGAUUGUGUUUAGUACAGUGUGUAAAAACAAUAGAAUAACUGAUUUUUUAAUAAACUAAUAUGCCUUUUCCUAUA